AUGUCGACACAGACACAAUGGCACUGGAACUUGCUCCCUAGCGUGAUUUUAAUCGAAAUUCUCUCAUACCUGCCAUUGUCGGACAAAAUAAGUGCCUGCUCAACGUGCAAGGCAUGGCGGUCGGCCCUGUUUCACCCAAGUUUCUGGCGAAAGAUCGAGCUGGUGUUUAAAUCGAGCGACUGGAGUAGGCUGGAGAGAUCCCGUUUCGUGGCCUCUUGGGGAGCGAGGAAACUCCGCUCGUGCGUCCUCCAGCUGGAAACCGUGAAUACCAGCUGCUUGAUCGAGGCUGACCACGUCCUCCUCAAGCUCACGAGAAACCC